AUCCCUCCUAAACAAAACAAGAACGAGGAGACGAACGGACCCGAACCCUUCCCUGCAAACAUAAAAAAAAUUCCCCAAUCCCUCCUAAAUAAAACAAGAAUGAGGAGACGAACGAACCCGAAAUUGAUUCUUCCACCAGUCCGUCGGGCGCUGAUUUUUUUUCAACCUUUUGAUUAAGAAAAUAUUUACAAAUUUGCUAAGUCAUCAUUUAGAUUGCUUCAGUUGGGUGAUACAUUACGUCCUAACCUUUCUUUUCGGUCUAUUAAAGAAGAAAAUAUUUACAAACUUGCUCAAGACUUUAGUCUUGAGACUUUGAAGGCUAUGAGAUGCAUACUUUGGAGAAUGAGUUACGAUAUUAUGCUACUUGUGUGAGGAAGACGAAGGUUCUUCCCUUGGAAAAUCACUAGAGAUGAUGGCGGUAACAGGGACACCCAAUACAAAUUGAUUUGUCGAUUAAUUCGUCUAGUGUCAACCUUCCCCAUUUCAACGGCUACCACGAAGAACAUUUUUCAGCAGAACAUGUAAAACUUAUCGACGCAACAAAAUGAGCAAUGAAUUUCUCGCUGAUUGGUUAAUCAUUUCCUUUCGGAGAGAGUAUUUUCUUUCGGAGUUAAACAUGGGCCUCAUAGACGCGAGCUCGAAGAUUUGAGGUUCUUCCCUAAUUAGCCAAAUUAUUCAAGUUAAACCGAGUUACUGUAACCUAUCCACGUUACAUAUCAAUUUAGUUGCUUGGUUAGACCGCGAUGUUUGAACAACUUCAGCAUUUGCCUGUCGUCCUUUCCCCUUCAAUGGAAAAUUCCUCGGCGCGUCUCCACCUUUUCAUCCAAAAGUUUGCACCAACUUCUUCAUUUUUGGCGUUUUCCAUAGACGUCCUCACUACACUUUCUUUAAUCUGACCCGGUCUCGGUCGUCAUGACAGACAGUUACGUUCCCCAUAUAUUGUAAGUAGCAGUUGUUACACAUUGGCCUCUACCGCGCUAAUCCAGUUGCGUACACCAACUUAUCACCCCCACGAAUUUGUCAUUCUCCUCCCUUUCCCUUCUAUUUAUACUCAACCUUGCUUUACAAGCUCAACAACACGAAAACAGAAGAAGAAAGAAGAAAAAAAGAUGAAGCUGGCAGGAAAGGUGGCGAUCAUCACCGGCGGAGCGAGCGGGAUCGGCGAGGAAACCGCCCGCCGCUUCGCCGAACAGGGCGCCCGUGCGGUCGUAAUCGCCGACGUCCAAGAUGAACUCGGCCGCGAAGUUGCCUCAUCAAUCUGCCGCCCCAUCACCAAAUCCGUGUACGUCCACUGCGACGUCACCAGAGAGGACCAGGUCAAAUCCCUCGUUGACUCCACCGUGGCAGCCUUCGGCCAGCUGGACAUCAUGUUCAGCAACGCGGGCAUCGCCACGUCAUCCUCCUCCUCUUCCCCGCUCCCCUCCCUUUCCUCCUCGGGCCCGGCCCAGACCGUGCUGGGCCUGGACCUGGAGGCCAUGGACCAGGUCUUUGCAGUCAACGUGAGGGGGACCGCGGCGUGUGUGAAGCACGCGGCGCGGGCGAUGGUUGACGGGCGCGUGAGGGGUGGAAGCAUCGUGUGUACAGCAAGCGUGGCCGGGUCCACCGGCGGGAGAGGGAUGGUGGAUUAUUACUUGUCGAAGCACGCGGUGGUCGGGCUGGUGAGGUCGGCGAGCGUGCAGCUUGGGGAGCACGGGAUCAGGGUGAAUUGUGUGUCGCCGUACGUGGUGGCGACGCCGAUGGCGUUGCGAGGGUUUGGAGGGGAGAAGGAUGCGGAGUGGGUGGAGAGUACGGUCGGGGUGAAUAUGAGCUUGAAAGGUGUGGCGCUGAGGGCGGGACACGUGGCGGAUGCGGUGGUUUUCUUGGCUUCGGCGGAGUCGGAGCUUGUUACGGGGCUUGAUCUUGUGGUUGACGGUGGGUACAGAGGUCACCGCCGGUGAGGUUGUUGGUCGUCGGAAUAAAAGAAAAGUUUUGUGUAACGAGUUAUGAAUCAUGGAAUACAAAAAAGGUAUUGUAUUAUCUUUAAUUUCAAAUAAUUUCAACUUGGUGUGAAAAAGUUUGUUGUCUUAUGGUUUGGGCUUUGGGGGGAAAAAGAAGUUAUUUGCUUGUAGUGUACUGCAAGCUACCAAGUACCAAGGACGACAAAUGACAAAUAAGCGAUGUGACUUGGGAAUAAUUUUAUGUUCAAAUUGGCUCUUUACACUCGUGAUCAUUUUAUUCAAAUUUUUAAUGAUUAUUUUAUUUAAAUCUAGUUCAACUAAUUUUCCAUACUUCAUUCGAGAUUCAACUCAAAACUAAUAAAUAAAUGAAACGAGUUCGAACCACAUAAAAACUCCAUGCAACAAAUGAUUAUUUCAUUUAAACCAGAGUUCAAUCUUUCAACUAACUUUCAUAACUCACUUGAGUUUAAAGUUUAAACUCAAAGUUAAUUACCACAUGUAAAAUAUUAUUUAUUCCUUUGCCGUACUGGAUUUGAUGAACAAUGGAUUUCAUUUGAACCUAGUUCAACCUUUCAACUAAUAUUCCUUUAACUCACUUGAGCUUAAACUCAAAAUUGAUUACUACAUGUAAAAGAUUAUUUAUUCCUUCACCUUUUUGGAUUUGAUGAAUAAGGUAGUUAAUGGAUCUGGGUCUUGAGAGAAAGAAUAGCAGAUGAAAUUUGGGCUCAGUGGUAAGAAAGUCCAAUGAUGCAAAGGCCAAGCCCAGCCCAGCCGUAGAAUUAGACUAGGAAGACAAGUAAAAAAUUAUACGCCGUUGCCGGGGAUCGAACCCGGGUCACCCGCGUGACAGGCGGGAAUACCUACCACUAUACUACAACGACUCGUUGAUGUUUAAUCUCUAUUAAAGUAUAAAAUAACUAUAAAUUUAGGGAAAGUACCUAGGGUUUAGUUGAAUAUUUAGAUACUGUUUUAACUAAAUUUAUUUGUUUGUGUGUAAGAGGUACAUAGUGAAGGUGAAGCUAUGAUAGGAACCGGCUAGCAAGACAUCAAAUUAGUAAAACUAGCUAAAUAUUGACAUAGCCCGAUGGUGUGUGAUUCACUUUGAGCCAAGUGGGCGGUGUGUUAAUCUAAUUAAGGGAUAUUAUUGUAAAUAUGUAUGUAGAGCAACUCGUGGGACUAAAUUGAUUUGAGUUGUCAAAUAGUGAGAGAAUAGGUUAUUUAUAAGAGUUAAUAGCAUUUUAUACUCUUUUACUAUCACAAAUUAACAAAUGUAACUUUUCAUUAUUAUUUUGCACAAAUACAAUCCUCUAUUAAUGCAACCUAACAAAUAUAGACUUCCAUUUAUAUUUCCGUCACUUGACCGUUCAUUGGCUUCUGAAAUGACAACAUUACCCCUUUAUAUUCAAUUAUUGUAUAACUAAUUGCCAUUAGAACAAAAUAAAUCAAUUAAAUAAAUAUUUUUAUAAUUUUCCGUCAUUAUCUUCUCUUCCCGGUCGGAAAUAUCCCCAACCUUCGCACUAAAAAAAAUCCCCAACCCCACCCAAUUUUAUCUUCGCCGAAAAAUCAGUUAAUUUGUUAAUUAUUAUUUUCACGAUGCAACGAAACCUUUCCUUUCUGAUGCUCGGAUGUUGUUGCUCCUCCGGCGACCGUAGCAAGCGUUCGCUGGUUAUCGAUGGCGAGCCGGGUUAGAUCAGGUCUUUAAGGCUCAUUCUUUAAGGAAAAUCUUAAACCCAUUCCAGCCAAUAGGAAGAGGAGGGAGAAAAACAUUACUAAUAAUUUACUAACUACCUAGAAGGGCAAGAAAGGAAUAUAAUAAAUAUUAAUAAGAUUAUUAAUGAAAAUAAAAAAUGGUAAUUAAACUCACGAUUAAUUAACAGAAUGCCUAACCAUUUUCGAAAAGACGGUUGUCCUCUAUAACCCUAAAUCUUCUCGCCGUCGGCAUCCAUUCCGCGCGAAGCCUGAUUCGAAUAUCAGUCGGCGACUUCGCAACACCCCGUCACCCAGUUCCCCGAUCACCGAAGCUUUGCCGUAGCUCUGCAACACCCGUCCAGUUCUCCGUUGAGCAAAGCUGAGCCCCGACUCCGCAACAACCUUCCCACUUUCCUCUGUAGCCUCCGCACGCGCGACGGCGAUUCUCCGAAUGCUACCGACUUAGUGUGGUUGAGCGGCCGCCGAUGACAUGGAACGUGUUGCGACUUUAGAGUUUGGUAUGGAAUUUCGAAUGGUUUUUUGGGUAGUAUAUAUCGUUGCCAGAUCUUAUUGUGUUGGAUUUGUUUUUCGUGGAAAGGUUUUAUGGAUAGAGUAUCAUUUGUUUUGUUAAUGAUAUUGAUGUCUUAAUGUUAAAAUGUUGAUAAUGGAUGAAAAAAAGUUGAUAAUGGUUAAGAUUUUUUUUUUUUACAUUUUUGUAUGCUUCGUAGGAGUGGUUGAGAAGAUUUUAAUAACAAUAUUUAUUCGAACAAGUUAAAAUGUUAACGAGGUUAAUAGUAUUGUUUGUGUAAAAAAUGUUGAUAAUAUUGGGAAAAAGUUAAUAAUGCGCUGACAAUGUAUUGAACUUUUUAGUAUAGUGAUAUUAAUUUGGUUGAUCAUGAUUUUAAUAAGGCAUGUUUACAAAUUGAUCUUUUUGAUAACAUUGAUUGUAUUAUUAAAAACGUUGAUGAUAUUAUUAACAGCGUAAUAUAAGAUUGUUGAUAGGUAUUCAUUGGCUGAAGUUGUCGGAGAGGAAUCAUCUUCUGUUAGGCGGCUCCGACAAGGAAGGAUGAGAGAUCCGCCAUUUGCACAAUAUAUUUUUAUUAUUAGCGUCAUUUUCCAUUGUUAACAUUUUAUAUGUAACCUAUCAACGAUUGACAACCAUUAUUAAUAAUUUAUCUGCUUGUAAUUUUUAAUUUCACCUUAUUAAUGUUUUUGUAAGUAUUAUUAACUUUUUUGCUCAAUGAUUCGCAUAACUAAUGUUUUUGUUACCAAUGUCCAAUCAGUUACGUUUUACUAUAGGUUAUUAGUUUUUUUUCAUAAGUUAUUAACCUUUUACUAUAAACGUUGUCACUGUCAACACCAAUUAUAACAAUUAGUUAUUAACAUUUAUGUCAUCAAUUAGUAAUCUCUAGUUUUCAGUUUUUAAUUUUUUUUUAAUUUUUUUAUAACCAUUAUUAAAGCCAAAUAGAUAUAGGAAAAUGAAAAACAGAACGAACACAAGUGCUACUAGAGUAACACGUUAAAUAACUAAGCAUCAUCAUCCACAUUGAUUAUGGAAGCAGAAAUAAAUGAUAAUUUCCCUUCAAGUUAACAAUGUCAACCAAAAUAGUGUCACCGACUGUGUUUAGUUAAACUUUAAAAAAUAAAUUACAAAGCACAAAAUAGUGUCAUUGACGUCUAUUUGAAUUAAGAAUAGACGUCAAUUCUUAAUUCAAAGGAAAGGUUCAACUCUAGGUCUUCCACCCAUGUGAACUCCUCAAAAUUAUAGUUACGAUUUACUAAUCCAACCACAAAAAGCAACGAUGUACUUAACCAGUUCCUCUUUAUACUCUUUGUACGUUGUUCCAUCCCACGUUUGAGACAAGCUAUUCAUGAAUUGGAAUUGCUUAUUCUUGAGAUCAACACAGUAGGCAACAAAGUGGUCUUGAGAGGAAAAACCCACUGCAAUGAAAUGAUUGAGCAAAACGUUAAUAAUAGUUAUUAAAAACAUUGAUAAGACAACAAAUGAAAGUUACGAUUGAUGACAACAAAUGAAAGUUACGAGUUUAUAUUAAUGGUGUUGAUUGUGAAAAUAUUAUACUAAAAGGUUAAUAACUAAUUACAAAAAAUAACCUAUAAUAAAAUAUUAAUGAUUGAACAUUGAUAACAAAAAAUAUUGAUAAUGUUUGACAAUGGCAUUUGGUAUGUAACUAAUGAUUAAAUUAAAAUUAAAUACUGUUCAGUUAAUAAUUAAAAAAUAUAACAAACGAAAACGUAAAAAGUAUACAACGAAAAAUUGAUAAUCACAUUUGACAAAGUUACAAAUGUUUGCAAAAAAAAUUACAAAUAACUUUACACAAGUAAAAUCUAAUAAUACAAUAAACAAAUUGAUAAUGACAUAAUAAAUUUUGAUAAUGGCA